UUAAGUUGAUUUUCUGUUUCCAUGCCAACGAUCGAUUAUUUCUGCAUUUGUAUUUGAUAUGCUAAUAAUCUAACUAUUAUCAUAGCUAAUCAUGAGAUUUACUGAUCCAAUAUAUCCAGAAAGAUACAACUGGAUGCAACAGGUUGGUCAGAAAUGCGGGACAAAAACAUAGGCUGCAAACAAUAUAUACGAAAAACUUCGUAAAAAACAAACGACCAAUGAACUGGCAUUUACAUUACGUUAGAAGGUCACAAAAAUCGUGAAACUUGUUGAAAUAUAAACAAUGAAUGGCUCAGAGAAACAGCGGAUUUAUAUGAAAGCCAAACUGAACGGAUCCCUGAACGAUGAUGACGUCACCCAGACCAAUGCAGAAGAGUACACCGAGAUGACAGAAGAGACUGACGAUGCGAACCCGGAUCUAACCGGGGAUCCAACAGACGACGACCAGAAGAGAAGAAGAUAUCUGCUGUUGAAGACGCUCGUCUUGGGGUUAAUAUGGGCCGCGAAUGGAGCUUUCUCUGGUAUUACAGUGGCAACAAUACCAGAUUUGAAGUAUCGUGUUCACGUAAACUAUGAAGAACUGUCACGUGCCCUUGCUGCCUUUGGCCUCGGAGUCAUCGUCGCUGCCCCUUUGGGAGGUGUUAUGUCCGAUAGGUGGAUCAGAGGUCGGGAUGUUCAGAUCGUGUCAUUCCUCGGUUUAACCGCUAUUACGAUUGGCGUGAGACCCUGGAUAGAGAGCCUCUGGUUCUUGGGGGUUAUGGUUUGCCUUGAGGGAUUCUUCCGUGGAUUAUUUGUACCAGGCAUGAACAACAUGUUGGACAGAUUAUGGGGCAAAGACAUUGGACUUCCGCGCCAUCUAAUGUCCGUCUGCUGGGUUAUUGGAGAACUCGUCUCGCCCCUGAUUUGCAAACCAUUUUUCUUGGACUUACCAGAGGACUGUGAUACUAUGAACGCAUCAUUGGAUUGUAUACCCGUUGAUCAAAAUAACAUGACCCGUAGACAAGAGGCAUCCAUAGAUGCGGAGGUUAUGUCGGAAAUUGAAUAUCCUUAUCUGAUUAUCACACUUUGGGCAACCGUACCAAUUGUGCUUCUAUCUCUGUUUUAUUACUUCGACAGGACAUCCGGUCAAAAAUACUAUAAACAACUUAAAAGUAGUUCCACAACAUCUGAAAAGUCAAGUUUUCCGUCAUGGCGGGAGAUAUUUUCACCAAAAUUCUGCGGACAAGGAAGUACAUCAUUUGGUGUAGUAAUUAUCAUGCUGUUAUUCAUGUAUUACUUUGCUUGUGAAUUUAUGGCUACUCCUUUCUACAAGUUUAUAAUGGCGUAUGCAGUAGAAAAGAUUGGAAUGUCUAAAUCUGAGGCUGCGACACUCAUGAUUCUCAUUCGUAUUAUAGCCAUCUUCUUGGGUAUUGUUUGGGGCGCUCUCACCCGUUGUAUCCGCAUCCAGUUCUUGCUCUUCAUUCAAAUCUUUGGAGAGCUGGCAGUCGUCAUUUACUUCAACAUUGUUGAGAUACAUACUAAGACGCAGCUCUAUGCGUUCAUCGUAGCGUUCAGCGUCAUGUCCGUUGGUAACUGGGCAACUGGCAUCACGUGGGGCCUUAGGUAUAUCGAGUUCUCCUCCCUAAUCUAUACCGUCAUUGAGGUCAGUGCUGCGAUAGCCAGUCUUGUCUCUACAUGGGCCACGGGCUAUGUCCUGGAGUAUGGAGGUCACGAAGCCAUGCUUAGACUCCAACUGGGCAGCAAUAUCGCAUUCUGCUUUGUUGUCAUCGUCAUGCAGAUCGUUGGCUCGUGGAAAGGGGAGAAAUUUAAGGAUAAAAACGUCAACGACGUUGGCUGUUUGAACCUAUGCGAUAGGAAAUCUCCGUUACUGAGUGACCAAGAUGAUGGAUGAGCUACGGUUCAGAUAAGGACUGAAUAAAGGACCAGACCCACGGAUCGAACCAACUCACGUGUAGUACAUAGUAUUAGAUUGCUUUUUCAGUGAUAUACUAUGUUAUAGUGUGUCAUAAUUAGCAUUACAACAUUUCAUUUAUUCAUAUGAUUUAUUCAAUAGUUCUCCUACAAUCAUCAUUUAUCCAUGAUUAUUUUAUGUUGUUCAUAAGCAGUACUGAUUAAAUAUAAUAAUAUAUUUAUUUACAAAUUAUUCGCAUUUCUGCCGUGUUUACAAUUUAUAUGAGAAGGCUGGUAUGGCAUUUUGAUACUCAUAGCAUCGUUCUGUUUCACCUGAAACAUUUCAGGGCUGAGAAGAAAUGAGAUUUCAUGGUUUAU